GGAUAGUGCGGUUGUUCCGUUUGGUGUGCUCGACCGUUACGGAUUAUUUCUUGGCUCCACCUUGGUUUUGUUUAGCUUCAUUACAGUGACCGGGAUUUCAGGUGUCGUGUUUAAGAGCAUAAGUGCAAUUUUCUUAACAAUAAUGGUACUCAAAACAAAACCGUCUUCAUAGUGGUGCACGCAGUAACACCUUUGGGAUUUUAGGAGAAACCUUGCUUGACUACUUUUGGUGAAGUGCAUUUCAGCAGUUUUUGUUAUUUUUUUUUUUUGGAACAUCGAAGCGGAAGAUUAUCAACGUCCCCAUUCGGAGAAAGAUUUUUUGCAGUGCAAAUACAAAAUCGAUACCAAUUCGAUAACGAUCAACGAUCAUCAGUGACCUGGAACAAAUUUAGAGAAAAUGUUCGUCGGAGGCAGACACUUGAAGCUCUGGUUUGUGAUAGCAUUCGCCUUGGGCUUGCUGGUACUCGGAGUUCUAGUCACAUUUGGAUUUACCACACUAGUUAGAGCAGUAAUUAAUCAUCAAGUAGCACUAAGAAAGGGUGGACAAUCGUUCGGCUGGUGGUCGAAACCACCUGUAGAGCCAAUCAUACGAAUAUACGUGUAUAAUGUCACCAAUGCGGACGAAUUCUUAAACAACGGUACCAAACCAGUUUUGGACGAACUGGGUCCUUAUGUUUAUGUGCAAACAUGGGAGAAAGUCAAUAUCGUUGAAAAUCCCAACGGUACCAUCAGUUAUAACCAGAAGAGGGUAUACAUCUUCGAUGAGGAUCAAUCUGAAGGUUCCGAGGACGAUGUAGUUAUAGUGCCAAACAUUCCAAUGCUUAGUGCUACAUCGCAAAGUAAACAUGCAGCCAGAUUCUUGAGACUUGCAAUGGCUAGUAUUAUGGAUAUUUUGAAAAUUAAACCAUUCGUUGAGGUUUCCGUGGGACAACUGUUGUGGGGCUACGAAGAUCCUCUUCUAAAACUUGCUAAGGAUGUAGUACCGAAGGAACAAAAACUACCGUACGAAGAAUUUGGUCUUAUGUACGGCAAAAAUAGUACAUCAAAGGAUAGGGUAACUAUUUGGUCAGGCGUUGACGAUAUUACUCAGUACGGUAUAAUUGACAAGUACAACGGCAGGUCUCACCAGACCCACUGGUCAACUGAACAGUGCAAUCGUCUAAAUGGAACAGAUGGAUCCAUCUUUCCACCACACAUAUCAAAAAAUGCAACUUUACACGUAUACGAAAAGGACCUUUGUCGUCUUCUACCGCUAUCCUUUGAAAAAGAGGUAACCGUUAGAAACGGUGUGCAAGGAUUCCGUUUCAGCCCAGCGGUUGAUGUAUUCGCAUCGGUUGAUAUCAACAAGGACAACAUGUGCUACUGUCCAGCAGGACCGCCAUGUGCACCUAAUGGCAUGUUCAACGUUUCACUCUGCCAAUACGAUUCACCAAUUUUACUCAGUUUUCCCCACUUCUACCUGGCCGACCAGUCGUUGCGAACGGCAGUUGAAGGAAUUUCACCACCUGAAAAAGAGAAACAUCAACUGUUCAUCGAUGUACAGCCGGAAAUGGGAACAGCACUUCGGGCAAGAGCGCGUAUCCAGAUCAACCUUGCUGUUAGUCAGGUGGUAGAUAUCAAACAGGUUGCAAAUUUCCCAGAUAUCGUCUUCCCCAUAUUGUGGUUCGAAGAGGGCAUCGAUUCUCUUCCUGAUCAAAUACUCGAACUGAUGAAAGUGGCUACCACCGUCCCAGCGAAAGCUAAAUUUGUGCUUACAAUUGCACUAUUUGCUAUUGGAGGUUUCCUGUUAGUGAUUGCUGUAUUUUGCCUCGUACGCAAAUCACAUCGACAAAGCACGCUUCACUUAGAGGGAUCUAACUAUUUAGCGACAGCAUCAAUAGAUCAAGCCAAAAAGAAAGCGAAACUGGAAAAUGGAAACCACACAAACUAAACUGUUUUUACCUUAUUUGUGAUGUGGGUAUGAUUCUUAGGUGUCCGUGUAGACAGUACGUAGAAAUAUUUAUUUUAACGAAACAAGGCAUGGUUUUCGGGAACGCAUUGCUUGAUAAGUUUGCUCAAUUUAGACAACUUAGAACAACCCUUCAUUAAUGUAUUGAGUCUCCUAAUGAUGCUUCCAAUGUAUGUAUGUACAAAAUAUUUGCUGAAUACUGAUUAAACAUAAUUCGAAGGUGAUGCCAUAUCUUAAUGGCAAGAACUUUAUGUGAUUAUUGAAACAAUUAGAGCCUAAACAAUCGGAAAAAAAUCUGCCCUCUUUAAGGAUAUGACGUCAAAAUUAAAUAAAAUUUUUGAACCAACGAAUAUAAAUGUAUUGUUAAGCGUUUUUCUUAAAGAAAUGUUACUACCUUGCUAGAAUCUAUAAGACGUUCGGCAUAUAUACAUUUAUACCGUGGAAUUGCUAUAACACUGAGCAGUACAGACCAAAUAGUUAAAAAAAAAAUGAAUUUUUGACGAUUAUUAUGAAACUUUACAUAAUUGUUUGUUAUGUGAAAUCAUUCAUAUUUUUGCUAAGAUCCAAAAUAGUGUUAAAAAUUUAAAUUACAAGAAAUUAACUUGUUCAAUAUAUUUGAUUUUCUUUUAAUAAGGCUAAUUAAAAAUACAAAAUUUUGAAAUGUUGAAAACUUAAAAAUUUACAAUAAAAUUUGACCAAUAACAAUAACUUUUAGUUAGUACAAUUCCUAGAAAGAUGUUAUUUUUCUUUACAGCUUUGUCG